AUGAGAGCAGCUCAGAGUCAACAGAACAACUAUGCAGAUAAUCGUCGUUGCCAAUUAGAAAUUGAAUUCGGAGAUAAGGUAUUCUUGAGGAUUGCACCAAUGAGAGGGGUCAUGAGAUUUGGAAAGAAGGGUAAGUUGAGUCCUAGAUAUGUCAGGCCCUUUGAGAUUCUUGAUCAGAUUGUCCCAGUGGCUUACAAGGUAGCCCUACCACCAGCACUCUCAGGGGUACAUGAUGUAUUUCGUAUAUCUAUGCUGAGGAAGUAUAUACCUGACCCCACCCACAUUAUUGACUACGAGCCACUUCAAAUUCAGGAAAAUCUGACUUAUACAAAAGAGCCAGCGCAAAUUGUAGAGAGAAAAGAACAAGUGCUAUGGAAUCGAACCAUCCCCUUAGUUAAAGUGGUAUGGAAUAAUCAUGCUAUCAGGGAAGCCUCUUGGGAAUUAGAAGAUGAGAUACAAGUCAAAUAUCCACAGUUGUUUAAUAAAGAUAUUGUAACUUGUGACAAAUUCUGA